UCCCUCUGCGCGAGGGGCGGCCGGUCUUAGGUUUGAAGCCAGCCGAGCCGGAAGUCGCUCUCCUUCUUCGCCUCCCUUCUGUCCUGGCGGAAACGCAAGCCCUGAAAGAGAGGUUCCGGACUCGGCCUGGGCUGGGGGAGGCUGAAUGGAGACCCCGGCCGAGGACGCGGGAUUGACCCGCCGCCCGAUGCUGGCCUCUUCCUGGGAUGCGGCCCGCGGAGUCCUGGCCCACAGCCUCCGUGUCACCCGGGCUGACCUCGGCGCCCGGGACCUGGACUGGGAGGAACCGCUGACGCCGCCUGCCGCGGGCCGCGAUCCGGUGGUUUUGAAGAGCGGCCCGAGCGGCCCCGGGGAGAAGCCCUGCUUCCUUCACCUGAGCUGCGAGCCCGGCGGCGGCGAGGAGAUCGUGGCUGUCGGCCUUCUGAGUUCGGCCAGGAACAUGGAGGUGUACGUGGGAGAGGAGUACUGCGGCACCAGCCGGGGCCAGGCCGUCCGCGGCGACCCGGGUGACAGUGAGCACAAAAUUAUUUUCUACAAAAAGUACUUAAAAUUGGAGUCUUCCAGUCAUGCUUGUAAAGUAAAGUUGCUCUCCUUUGGUGAAAAGCAGCAUGUGUUCAUCAGUAAAAUUGUGGUACAGUUGAGGCGGGUUUCAGCAAAUUCUUCAACAAGCUCUCCUGCUCUAGGAUCAAGGAUAGACCUGCAGAGGGUCCAAACUCUCAUGGAGGCCAUGGGGUCCAAGUUGUCACCUGGUGCUCAGCAGUUGAUGAAUAUGGUUAAAUUUCAGCAGCAGAACUGUGUUCCCGUGGGAGAGCAGCUUCAGGCGGUUUUGGGAAAUACUGGCUACAGACGAGUGGCGGACCUGCAGUCCUCAGCUGCUUCGGGAGCCUCCGACAAGUCCCCCUCCACGCCUUUCCCUUUCAGAACCGGACUGACGUCUGGAGCCCUGACGGAAGACUUAAACACUUGCGUCGAUAAAAGUCCGCAGCCACCGGGUGGAGGAAACACUACACACCUCAGAGACUAUAGCAUUGUGCCGCCAAACCAUUCCCUUCUGGAGAAUGACCUCAGAAAUGCAGUUUCUUCUUUCCUGCCGAAGAAAGCAAGUGACAUCUCAAAUAUACCUAACUCUGAGUUGCUGCCUUUUCUCCAGAAUUUAUGUAGUCAGGUUAACCAUCUCCGCGUGGGACAUAGCGCCAAGUGGCAGGAAGGCAUCACUAAGGCCGGGGAAGGCGUUGUUGGUGUUGCAACGGAAGAGCAACCCGUGUGCUCCUACUUGGAAAAGAUUCUUACUAAAAAUAUGGAACUGCUGGAAAAGAAGCUUGUGGACUCCAUCGAUCAGCGAAUACGUCAACUCCAGGAGCACGUGGACAGGAAGAUGGCUGUGUUGAUGGACCUGCUGCAGAAUCCCCCCUCCCCACCCCCCGGGACGGCCCUGACACAGUGUGACUCUGGAGAAAGACUUUCCAAUGGAGAGAGAUAAGUGCUCAACCUGUAGGAUGUGCUACAGAUAUUUAUUACUAUUUAUGGCAAAGCCUAAACCCCCAGAGUUCAAGGCAAGGAUUUAAUGUCAUUUGAGGGCAUCAUCUUAUGUACAUCGAGUGACCUCAGUGUUCAUUUUAAUGUACUUGUUACUGUCAGUCCAGGGCUGUGCACGAGGAUUAACCUGAUAGGGUCAUCCGUUAUUUUUGUUUGCAAUAUUGUUUACUUUUAUUUUUUACUUGUAUUUAUUUUUAUUUUUGUUUAGAGCUUAAACUUAAGGAUUUCUAAUUUAAUUCAUGAGUCUAAAUUGUAUAUGUGUUUACCAUUUUAAUUUAUACAAAGGGCUUAUGUUUUAGGGGUGUGAAAAAAAUAUAGUGUUUGGUUUCUUUUUCUCUUUCUAAUUGAUUGUUUUGGGGAACCCUAGAUAGAGUACUUCAGCGUUGUAACCUUUUAAUUUCCAUUCACCACAUUACGUUUUAUGUUGUUUAUUUCAGAUAAAAAAUUAGAUGUGGUAUUUCUGUAACAUUAGUAUACUUAACAUAUUAUAUGUAUCAGAAAUUUAGAGGUACUGAUUUUCUUGUAUUUAUAAAGUGCUGUGCCUAAA